AUGGUCCUUGUCGCUGAAGCAUCAGCUACUGUUUAUAUGUUUCAACACCCUUUCGUCAAGCAGCAAAAGAACAAGGCCUACUUCAAGCGCUACCAGGUCAAGUACCGCAGAAGAAGAGAGGGCAAGACUGAUUACUAUGCUCGCAAGCGCUUGGUUGUCCAGGCCAAGAACAAGUACAACUCGCCCAAGUACAGAAUGGUCGUCCGCUUCACCAACAAGGACAUCGUCUGCCAGAUCGUCUACGCCAAGAUCCAGGGUGAUCAUGUUCUCGCCGCUGCUUACGCCCACGAGCUCCCCAGCUACGGUAUCAAGGGUGGUUUGACCAACUGGUCCGCUGCCUACGCCACUGGUUUGUUGUUGGCUCGCCGCACCUUGACCAAGCUCGGCCUUGCCGACAAGUACGAGGGUGUCUCCGAGCCUGAUGGCACUGUCCAGCUCACCGAGGCCAACGAUGAGGGUCCCCGUCCCUUCAAGGCCUUCCUUGAUGUUGGUACUGCCCGUACCUCCACUGGUGCCCGUGUCUUUGGUGCCAUGAAGGGUGCUUCCGAUGGUGGUAUCUUCAUCCCCCACUCCGGCAACCGUUUCCCUGGUUUCGACAUUGAGUCCAAGUCCAACGACGAUGAGUUGCUCCGCAACUACAUCUUUGGUAUCCACGUUGCCGAGUACAUGGAAUACCUCGAGGAAGAAGAUGAAGAGCGCUUCAAGAAGCAGUUCGCUGGUUUCCUCAAGGCUGGUAUCACCUCCGACAAGGUCGAGGACAUGUACACUGAUGCCCACGAAGCCAUCCGUGAGAACCCCAUCCCCAAGCCCGCCGAGAAGAAGACUGGUGUCAAGGCUUACCCCCAGAAGCGUCGUCUCACCAAGCGCGAGCGCGAAAACGCUGUCCGUGCCAAGAAGGCUGCUUUCCACAAGGAGUUGGCUGGCAACUAA